AUGGUCCGAAAUCCUCGUAUUUUAUCUUCAAAAGUCUUUAAAAAGGCUAAUGUUAAUGAAGAAAGUUUUGAUGGUUUAGGCAUAGCUUCUUCAAUUGGUCUCGGUACUGGCUUGCAUACAUUUGUGUUAUUUCUGGGUCCUCAUAUUGCUGAAGUAACUUGGGCUGCUUAUGAAUGUGGGAGCCUUAAAUUUGAAACUCAUGGCCCAAAUAGAUUUCGAUGUCAACCUACAAUUGAAGGUUCGAUUGCGAUAUCACUGUGGUCUAUAUUUCAAAAGGUUCAAUUGGAAUCUUUUUUUUGGGGAUUUGGUACAGCAAUUGGUGAAUUGCCGCCAUAUUUUGUCGCUAGAGCUGGUUGUAGAAGCGAAGAAUUAAAAGAUAUAGAUAGAUUGCUUAAACAAUCACCAGAAAGCAUAUCAUACAAGGAACGUUUUUUAAUAUCUAUUCACAGAUUAAUGGGUCAUUUAGGAUUUUUUGGAAUUUUUUUAUUUGCAUCGAUACCAAAUCCUUUAUUUGAUCUCGCUGGUAUUAUAUGUGGCCAAUUUUUAGUACCAUUUACUACGUUUUUUGGCGCAACAUUUUUAGGCAAAGCAGUUGUAAAGUCUUCUAUUCAGACAGUGAUUGUAAUUUUAUUAUUCACAGAAGAUACUAUUAAAACUAUUCUAGAAGUUACAAGACGAUAUCUACCAUAUAUUCAUGAUAAGCUAGAAGAAGCCGUAACACUACAAACUAAAAGGUUGAAACGCGAAGAAGGCGAAGAUGCACCUGAUAUUGGUCCUGGUAAUCCAAGCUAUAUAUCACUUAUUUGGAAUACUCUUUUUAAUUUGAUGUUAGCUUAUUUUGCUCUUAGUAUAAUUGAAACACUAGCGAUUGCUCAUCUUAAAAGAGUACAUGAUCAAGAGAUCGAAAAAUGGGAGCAAAAGAUAAAGGAAAGAGGUGAUAUUAAAAAAGAAUCUGAUUUAAAUAACCAAGGUUAUUCAAGUAGUUAA